UACGACGAUUCCCGGCCUCGGAUGGGGGUGCUGUUAGUACAGGACGGAUCUGGGAGCCAGAGGGGUUCCUGUCUCCACGCCAGAGAUUGACAGGUUUGUGGAAACCUGGAUGAGAGGGCUGUUUGGAGAGUCCCCCAAGACUCCACCAAUUUCCCAUCUCUUCACCAUGAGAGAGGUUGGGGUUCACUUCUUCCCUUCACCCUGUAGUUGAUAGUUUUGGAUUUGGAGGCGAUGCUGGAGUAGAGAUGGCAGAUAGUGUCAAGAUCUUCCUUAAUGAUCUCAUCAGGGGAAUUAAGGAUUCCAUAUGGGGGAUUUGCACAAUCUCCAAGCUCGAUGCUCGAAUCCAGCAGAAAAGGGAAGAGCAACGGAAAAGAAGAGCGAGCAGCAUCCUUGCUCAGCGAAGAGCACAGAGCGAGGAGAGGAAGCAGGAGAAUGAACCUCGGAUAGUAAGCCGAAUAUUUCAGUGUUGUGCGUGGAAUGGAGGUGUAUUUUGGCUUAGUCUCCUUUUGUUCUACCGGGUCUUUAUACCUGUCCUUCAGUCAGCAACAGCACACAUCAUUGGCGACCCUUCAUUACAUGGUGAUGUUUGGUCUUGGUUGGAGUUUAUCCUCACCUCCAUCUUCAGUGCUCUGUGGGUCCUUCCUCUCUUUGUGCUCAGUAAAGUCGUCAAUGCCAUCUGGUUCCAGGACAUUGCUGAUCUAGCAUUUGAGGUCUCGGGGAGGAAGCCUCAGCCGUUCCCCAGUGUCAGUAAAAUCAUUGCUGACAUGCUGUUUAACCUUCUGCUGCAAGCUCUUUUCCUUAUCCAGGGGAUGAUUGUAAGUCUGUUUCCCAUCGAUAUCAUUGGCCAGCUGGUCAGCCUGCUUCACAUGUCACUGCUCUACUCGCUGUACUGUUUUGAGUACCGCUGGUUUAACAAAGGAAUUGAAAUGCAUCAACGAUUAUCCAACAUUGAAAGGAACUGGCCCUAUUACUUCGGAUUUGGUUUACCACUGGCUUUUCUCACUGCAAUGCAGUCGUCUUACAUUAUCAGUGGCUGCCUGUUCUCCAUUCUUUUUCCUCUGUUUAUUAUCAGCGCCAAUGAAGCGAAGACUCCAGGAAAAGCAUACCACUUCCAGUUGCGCCUCUUUUCCUUGGUGGUCUUCCUUAGCAACAGACUCUUUCACAAGACGGUGUACCUUCAGUCCACCCUGAGCAGCUCUUCGUCCGCUGACCGACUGCCCUCGCCACAGCCGUCUCCUGCCAGGCAGAAGGCAGCUUUAGCGCACUGAACCCUAACCAAAGUUGGGGAGGCAGGGAGAGCGCCAUUCCCGGUUGCUGUAUACACGCGCCUGUGAUCCAGGGAAGGGCAGUAACCGUUCUGCCAUGGGGGCUUGUGUGUGUGUGUGGUUUCCCCCCUGCACACACUUUAUCAUCGUAAGCUCCAGUUGGGCACAGGUUUUAUGUCGCGCUGUGUGUGUGGAUAAAAAUAUCAUUUGGGGGGCGGGAGGAAAGGGAGCUGGAGAAGAUUCUGGGUUUUUAAACAUCUUUGUGAGUUUUUUAAAAAGCCAGGUUCUUUGCUUGUUUUGUAGCGUGUCACGGACCUGU